CUUUUUCUCUCCAACUUGAUACUAUGAGCAUCAACUAUAACCUAAAGAAUCCAGGAAUAAAGCGUAUUAUGCAAGAGGCAAAAGAGCUUGCUAAAGAAAGCAAUUACGAUUACGAUGCUCAUCCACUUGAGGACAAUAUCUUUGAAUGGCAUUUUACAGUUCUUGGACCCAAAGAUACAGAUUUUGAUGGUGGAAGGUAUCAUGGUCGCAUUCUCUUGCCAAAUGAGUAUCCUUUUAAACCUCCUGAGAUUAUUUUCUUGACACCUAAUGGUCGUUUUGAACUGAAUACAAAGAUCUGUCUUAGUAUUACUGGUUUUCAUCCUGAAUUUUGGCAGCCUGCCUGGGGAAGUAUGUAUUGCAGUUUGUUUAUUAGUUUAUACUUACUCUUUGUAAUUCGUACAGUAUUACUUGAUGUCAUUGGUUUCUUUCCUACUGAAGCGAAAGGCGCUGUGGGUGUAUUAGACUAUACAAAAGAAGAAAGAUAUUAUUGUAUUAGGUCAAUUGGAUGGAUUUGUCCCAUAUGUGAAGUUAAUACAAUCGACGCUUUAUCAGACAAUCUUCCUGAAGAAACAAGAAAAGAAGAGCUGCCAGAGUUUACAAUGACCUACAAGUCAACAAAAGAAAACGAUAAGGAAGCAGAGAGUGAUGUUAAAGAAAAUCCUGCGAGUGAAAAUGAAACAGCGCCAAUGAUAGAUAAACACAUUAAUUUGGAUCAAGUUGAGAACAGUUCGUCCAUUCAAUAUGUUCAAGUAGUUCAUUGUUGUCCACAUCAAUGUUUUCAUGUCACCUUUUUUUAUGUUAGAAAAUCGGCAUAAACAGCAAACUGACCCAAACUCUAACUAUAACAACGAGAACCCAUUGCGUUGGACUCAUGUUGUUAAAUCAAAGAGGAAAGGCAAUAACAACAAAAAGAAUCAAUCUAUUGUUUCGUUUAACCUUACUUUGGUUAAUUGUCCUGUUACAGAAGAAGAGUCAUCUCAAAAUGCUCUUAAUGGCUCCAGCCCUCUAGCUCCCAUUGCAGUAAUUCGUCCAUUCAUUAAAGGAAUGGAACAAGACUCAGUCUUUAAUAAUCUUACCUCAAUCAAGGAUCGAUCUUUGUUAAACAAAGCUCUACCCAAGUUUAAUGAAGAUGCUGAAAACACAGGCUACUACGAAGAUUUUCUUGGUUAUCGAAAGCAAACACGCAGCUAUCUGGGACAUGACUUCUUGGAGACUAUGUGG